UGUUGCACUCAAAGGAGGACUCCACCACAGGGAGUCAAGUCAAAGCUGGCCACCACCACCCUGGCUUUCUGUAAUUGGAAUCUGCUUAUGGGCCCAAGGGAGCCCAUUAUGAAAACACCUAUUUUCAUAGACUCCCAACCAACACUCUAAACAAUUUGUGCUCUUGCUGAGGAAGGCCCAUGAGAUAUUGAAAAAAUUUUUUUCUGGGUGACAUUGAAAGAAUAGUGUCAUGUUCGGGUAAGUUUCACUAUAAAAUGAAUCUCACGCCCACCAACGCCUCCGAUGAAACUUCAUUUCUGCAAAGGCAAAGGUGGCUUUCUAGAAGAUGACCAUAGAGGACCUUCCAGAUUUUCCAGUAGAAGGAAAUUCUUUGAUUGGAAGAUACCCAUUUUUAUUUCCAGGUUCUGAUACACCAGUUGUCUUUUCCAUUUCUGCAGCACCAAUGCCUUCGGACUGUGAGUUUUCUUUCUUUGAUCCUAAUGAUACAUCAUGCCAGGAAAUUCUCUUUGAUCCUAAAACUUCUGUAUCAGAAUUAUUUGCCAUUUUAAGACAGUGGGUUCCUCAGGUCCAGCAGAACAUUGACAUUAUUGGAAAUGAGAUUCUCAAGAGAGGUUGCAAUGUGAAUGACAGAGAUGGAUUGACAGAUAUGACACUUUUACAUUAUACUUGCAAAUCUGGAGCUCAUGGUAUUGGUGAUGUUGAUACAGCUGUAAAAUUUGCAACUCAACUUAUUGAUCUGGGAGCAGAUGUUAGUUUACGGAGUCGUUGGACAAAUAUGAAUGCUUUGCAUUAUGCUGCUUAUUUUGAUGUCCCUGAGCUUAUAAAAGUGAUUUUGAAGACAUCUAAACCAAAAGAUGUAGAUGCCACUUGCAGUGACUUUAAUUUUGGAACAGCUCUGCAUAUUGCUGCAUAUAACUUGUGUGCAAGUACUGUGAGAUGCUUAUUGGAACAUGGAGCAAAUCCUGCAUUUAGGAACGACAAAGGACAGAUCCCUGCUGAUGUUGUUCCAGACCCGGUUGAAAUGCCAUUAGAAAUGGCCGAUGCCGCAGCAACUGCUAAAGAAAUCAAGCAGAUGCUGUUAGAUGCGGUGCCCCUGUCAUGCGACAUUUCAAAGCCCAUGCUUCCAAGCUAUGAUCGUGUUACUAGCAAGGCGAUGCUUGCGUCACUCGGUCUGAAGUUGGGGGAUCGUGUUGUUAUUGCAGGACAGAAGGUUGGAACAUUAAGAUUUUGUGGAACAACUGAAUUUGCAAGUGGGCAGUGGGCUGGCAUUGAGUUGGAUGAACCAGAAGGAAAAAACAAUGGAAGUGUUGGGAAAAUCCAGUACUUUAAAUGUGCCCCCAAAUAUGGUAUAUUUGCACCUCUUUCAAAGAUAAGUAAAGCAAAAGAUCGAAGGAAGAAUAUAGUACACACCUCUGCAAAAGCUGUGCCUCUUAUCAGGUCCCAGAAAAUUGAUGUAGCUCAUGUAACGUCCAAAGUAAAUACUGGAUUAAUGACCUCCAAAAAAGAUAGUGCUUCUGAAUCAACACUUUCAUUGCCUCCUGGUGAAGAAUCAAAACCUGUAACAGACAAAGAUGUUACCCUGCUUGGAUCCGUCAGCAGCUCCUCCUCUACAUCGUCUUUGGAACACAAACCAAGCUACCCCAAGAAGCUGAAUGCACGUAGCAAUGGCAAGAAGACAGUGAGCAAAAGCCCAUCUGUCUCCUCUAGAGCCAGUGCUGGUUUGAAUUCCUCAGCAGCAUCUGUAGCAAAUAACAGCCGCUCUUCUAGAGAGCUCCACCUGGGAGAUCGCGUGCUGGUGGUAGGCCAGAGAAUUGGCGUCAUUAAAUUCUUUGGGACAACGAACUUUGCUCCAGGAUAUUGGUACGGUAUAGAGCUUGAGAAACCCCAUGGCAAGAAUGAUGGCUCAGUUGGAGGUGUGCAGUAUUUUAGUUGUUCUCCAAGAUACGGAAUAUUUGCUCCCCCAUCCAGAGUACAAAGGGUAACAGACUCCCUGGACACCCUUUCGGAAAUUUCCUCCAAUAAACAGAAUCAUUCUUAUCCUGGUUUUAGGAGAAGUUUCAGUACGACUUCUGCUUCUUCCCAGAAAGAGAUUAACAGAAGAAAUGCUUUUGCCAAAUGGAAACCCGCGCUGCGCCGCAGCUGGAGCGGGGCCCCCACCACGGGCGGCGUGGAAGGGAGCGUGAAGCUGCACGAGGGCUCCCAGGUCCUCCUCACGAGCUCCAAUGAAAUGGGGACCGUUAGGUACGUGGGCCCCACGGACUUUGCAUCAGGGAUCUGGCUGGGACUGGAGCUUCGAAGCGCCAAGGGGAAGAAUGACGGAGCGGUGGGAGACAAGCGCUAUUUCACCUGUAAGCCGAACCACGGAGUCUUAGUUAGGCCGAGCAGAGUAACCUAUCGGGGAAUAAACGGGUCAAAGCUUGUGGAUGAGAGCUGUUGAAGUAUUAAAUACUAAAUACUAAUACUGCUGAAGUAUUAAAUGAGCUCACGUACGUACAUAGGAUAAAGAGUCCACAGCAAAUGGUUCAGUUAUCUAGCCAUUGUUCUAGAUUUGAAAGUAGAGCUAUCUUCUUAGGAACCAUUCUAACAAUUCGGAGAGACCCCUUUAAAAAGCUGUCUGAGCCGUGGGCAUCACGAUUCAUUUAAAACAAGUUCAAAGUAAGCAUUUUUAGAAGCUUUUGAAACUUUAGACCCAAGAACAUUCUGAGACUUCGGGAAAAAAUGGGUGCCGUUAGGUAACCGGCUGACGGUGUUUACUCUUUUGCUUUUGCACAUAAUCCCGGAUUUUCCAUAUGCCAUAGUUGUGAGGGUUUUCACAGGCUUUGGUUAACCUUUGACAUUCACAUGGCCUUUCUCUGUCAAGUGUUUUUGGAGAUUUUCCUUCCGUACUAGGAAGGACAAUGAGCGAAUAGUAGCUCUGUGAUUAGUGUAGUUUUCCUAUUUUUUGUUGAACCGAUUUGCCCUUCCAGGAAGGCCACAUCCAGAGAUCUGCUAGAGCCCUGGAGGUGGUGGGCCUCUCAGCCUUUGCCAGAUGCAGAGAUCUUCUUUCCUCACCCAGGGUCUCUAACCAGCUGAUGAACAGGGGGUCUCCUUUCCUACCUUUCCUCUAUACAAAGCGUGUAAUCACACAUUUUUCUUAUGUAUUGGCAACUGCCUCAUCUGGAUGAACUACAAAAAACCCAUCAUUAGAUCUAUGAAUUCAAGUCACAAUUGGAAUUUUUUGCACAUACUUGUCUAAUUCCUUAUUGGACAUGUCUAUAAUAAAACACACGAAGCACUUUUAAAACGUAAUGCACUUUCAUCUUUGUGGAGAAUUUGCCAUUAUUCUUUCCCGGGAUAUGAAAAACAUUUAGAAAAAAUUAUAUUUAAGAGAAGAGAGUAAAUUAAGAUGUGUUAUGAAGCAUAUAAUAGUUAUUCAUUUAAAUGUUUAUGAUUUCUCGAUGUUUUUUGGUUCUGUUCAUAAAACUGGUGUUGUGUUUGCUAUCACUGCUGUUUUUAUAUUUUCAGUCAUUGCAGAAUUCAGCCUAUUACAAAACAACAGCCCUGUAUCAGGUUUUUGUAUUUCUUUUUGAGCACAUGUUAACAAACUAGCCUUCAAAAUAGAGUGAUAUAAUGGAAAACGUUUGUGUCGUGGAUAUGUAUUGACGUUUAUGUCCUAUGUGUAUAAAGAUUUAUCUUUUAUUGUAGAUAUUUAGACUUUAAACUACACAGAAAUAUUGGAACAGUUUAUAAGAUUAAAAGUAUUCUUUAGAAUGGAGCUCGCUUUGUGCUUAGAAAUAAUACGUUGAACUAUUUUGCAAUAUACUAUUUAAAAGCUAAAUUCUGUUGCUUUGCUGCCUUUUUAAAAGUGUGGUAUUUCAAAUAUUGCCAGAGCUAUUUUCCUGAUAUACAUUUGCAAAGUAUGGCUGCUUUAUAAUCAAGGAAUAUUUUUACUGAUUAAAGAAAAUGCCUGUAUUGCAAUUCAGAAGUAAACUUAUUUUAUUAUACAGCUUAUUUCUUUAAAACUCUAUUUAUACCUUAAUAUGAAAUUCAUGACUACUCUGAACUUGGGUGUCCAUAAUUCUUCCUGUUAAAUAUGAAACACCCUAAGUUAGAAACAGUAAUGCCAACACUAAGGUCAGGGAAACGGUUGUUCUCAUAUUUAGAUUAGGAUUAUUAAAUCCAUAUAAUGUGUAUGUUUACAUAUACUAUACAUACAGAUUAGGUGUUUUCAUUUGUGUUUUGCUGAUUAACUGUCAUUCACAGUUCACUUCUUGAGCAUUAAUAAAAAGGGAAGCUGUUUUGGUUUUGGAA